CCAGCGCCCUCCGCAUGGGAGCGGUUCUGGCCCCUGGGGCGUCGCUGCAAGCGCGACACCGCAGUGACCGCCCCGCGCUGCUGUCGAGCUGCGAUGAGGAGGAAGUUCUCAGAGCCCCUGUUCGCUCCCCGUCCUGUCACCUGCCCGCGACAGGUCUGUGGCCAGCAGCCCCCACCCGCGCUCGCCGGGCUGCCUGGGGCAGCGCUGCACAGAGCAGGGCUGGGAGCCCGUCGCACCAGGAGCGGGUGUGAGCAUCUGUCAGCAGAGACACGGACCCUUCACCGCCGACCAUGGAGCCCCAGGUACUGGGAUGGAUGCCAACGGCUGGACUCCUGCUGCUGCUCCUUCUCCUCUGCUUCGGGCCAGAGACCUCCACGAGCAUCAACCCAGCUGCGCUCAGAGUGAUCGUGGAUUAUGUGAACCGGCCCCUCACACUAGAUGGAUCUCAAUAUGCCUUCGUCGUGAGCCUGCCCCGUGAGACGUGUAACCAACCCACCAACCUGCAGGAGCAGCUGCCCGAGACAGCGCUGAAUGCCAUGAAUCAGGCGCUCGCUAAGCCAGAUGGCCAGUACACCCUGAAUGACUGGCCUAUUGUAGCUGCCCGGCCUCGGCAUCGGAAGACUCGCUGGCAGCACAGCGAGUGGCGUCUGCUCCACAGGGGCAAGAACAGCUCGGUGGCCCAGCUCAAGGCCAGGACCUGCAGACCGAACUGCUGCCUGAUCUUAUUCACCCUCAACUCGCCCUGCACGAGCAUGUGCCUGGCGGAAAACGGGCCCUACAACAUCCUCAGCAUGACCAGCGAUGCCUUCUUGGACAUCGACAGCAACUACAAGGCCUUCGUCUUCCAGCGCAUCUUCUGCAACGAUACAUGGCCCGUGGUGAGCCGCCAGGAGCUGCUGGAGGCCUGGCACCAGCUGCACGAUGUGCCCCUGCUGCGCUGCGAAAACAACUGCUGCCAGGACUGCGCUGCGACGGACCCCGAAAACAACCCCUGCCUGGCUGGGAAGAUAUAGACAGUGGAGCGGGGCCAGGAAUCGUGUGUGGCUCUUUCUGCCACUGGCCUCUCUCGCUGCCCACGUGCUUCUGGCUCGCUGAGUAUAAAAGAAACACGUCCCAACCAGGCACCAAGCUCCAAUCCAAAACCCCAUUCUGAUGUGUACCCCAAUGUAGAGCCCUAAUCCAUGGGUGUGCUCCAAUCUAGAACCCCAUUCAUGGACAUGCACCAAUCUAGAACCCGAUACAUGGGUAUGUGCCAAGCUAGAACCCCUUCCAGUGUGUGUUCCCAUCUAGAACCCCAUCCCUGGAUGUGCUAAAAUCUCCAUUCUAGAGCCCCAUUGCUAGGUGUGCUGCAGUGUAAAACCCCAUCCCCAUCUCUGGCUGUACUCCAGCCUAGAACCCCUAGAAUCCCUGGGUGUGCUCCAAUCUGUGCUCUAGAAGCGGCCCUUUCCCCAAGUGUGCACCAAUCCAGAAUUGCCACCCCCACAGUGCAUCUCAAGCUCCGUGCUAAACCUUCACCCCCAGCAGUGCAUGUGAAGCUCCAAUCGAGAACAUGACCCCCAACCCUGGGGGUGUCUCUGAGCUGAAGUCAAGAACCCACAUCCACCCAGUGAGCUCAGAACUCCGAUCUAGAACCCAACCUCCAUCUCUGCAUGAGGCCGGGGGGUGGGAGCAGGGCAUAUUGUGAUGGGGCUGGAUCGCGGGGGGAGCUCCUUACUCAGAUGGUGGUGGGGGGAUUCCUGGGCAUGGACCAUAGCCACGGUGGGGCAGUGGGGCUCUCGGUGACUGGGGCUCUGUCAGUGGGGGCUGCUUUGGGGUUGUUCCAGUCUGUGGGUGAUGCUUUUUGCUGAUUCUCUGAUGUGCGAUUGCCACCAAUAAAGCUCCUGAGCAUCCUGGGGGCGUCUGUCCGUGCAUCCAGGUCUCCCAUCUCCGUCUGUGCGUCGGGAGUCUCACGUCGUCCCCUGGAGGUGCUGGGUCCC